CCGGGUCUAGUACCCGCCGCGGACUCGCUCGCGGCGGGGAAGCCAACUGCGCUCGCCGGGACCCUUGUAUCCGCACCUCAUCAUCACGCGUUGUUGGGUCCCCCCAACCGCACAGAGGCGCGACGAACACGUCGCGCCGAUGACUUGCAGGAGCGGCGCUCGCUCCAUGCAACGAUGUCUGUUCCUCGCCGCGCCGCCCUUCAAGGCCCGCGCGACGCGUCUCAGCGCUGCGCAGACCCACAGCCGCCGUGCCCCGCCACACGAUCCCCAUACUACAGCGCGUCCAAUCGACGCGACAACCCGCGGUCGUCCGACCCAGGCAGGCCGCCGACACUCGUCAGCGGCCCCGCCACGGUCUUCGCGGCGCGCGCGGCACCUCGGUGCUGCGCGCGCCGCACUGCAAGACUGAGCCACCACGACUGCGGGCCUUCUUUGCCAUAUCUCGACUUCGACCGCGGUGCUCGAUCGCGCUUGGUCGUCCAGAUCCUGCCCAGGUGCGUGGCAGAACAUCGCGGUGUCGCUCAGAGCUGUUAUGCACCGCGCUCGGUGAUACACACUCGCUCGUAGCGUACGCCCGUAGUAAAGUGCAAUAUAUCU